CACCCCGCCUCUCCCCGCCCUCGCCCCGCCCCCAUCCCGGCGGGACGCUCGGAGGCGGCCCCGGGACGUUCAGCCUGCCUGGAAGUCAGGCGGGCGGUCGGCGGGCCGGGGGGAUCAAAAUCCAUGGGUUCAGCCAAAAAUAUGAUAAGUGAGCCUGUUGAAGUAGAAGAAGAUUAUCUAAUGAUGGCUUCUUUCCAGCGUUCUAAUAGUCAUGACAAAGUGAGGAGAAUUGUUGCAGAAGAAGGUCGCACAGCAAGAAAUUUGAUCGCCUGGAGCGUCCCCCUGGAAAACAAAGAUGAUGAUGGGAAGUCUAAAUGGCAAACGGGCGGAAAAUCUAAGAGAACGGUUCAGGGCGCACACAAAACUGCUAAACAGAAUGCUACAGUAGACUGUAAAAUAACAUCAUCCUCAGCUGGAGAUAAACAUUUUGAGAAAAGUCCCACUAAAACAAGACACCCUCGGAAAAUUGAUCUGAGAGCACGCUAUUGGGCGUUCCUUUUUGACAAUCUUCGACGAGCAGUAGACGAGAUCUAUGUUACUUGUGAAUCAGAUCAGAGUGUGGUGGAGUGUAAGGAGGUACUGAUGAUGUUGGAUAACUACGUAAGAGAUUUUAAAGCACUAAUUGAUUGGAUACAGCUUCAAGAAAAAUUGGAGAAGGCAGAUGCUCAAAGCAGACCCACUUCAUUGGCAUGGGAAGUAAAGAAAAUGUCUCCAGGACGUCAUGUAAUUCCCAGCCCAUCAACAGAUAGAAUCAAUGUCACGUCAAAUGCUCGAAGAAGCUUAAAUUUUGGGGUUCCAUCUGGGGCAAUUACUGCCACUCGGCUGGCUCCAGCAGGUGUAAGUUGGGCCGACAAAGUGAAAGCGAACCAUUCAGUGACUGCUACACCUCCAAAUACAGCACCUGCACAAAGCUGCCCACCUGUCUCAGUGCAGAAGUCCUCUCGGAGAAAUGAACGAAAAGAUGCUGAAGGAUGGGAGACUGUGCAGAGGGGAAGGCCUGUCCGUUCACGAUCAACAGCAGUGGCUCCCAAAGUUCCAGUCAUCACAGAACCUCUGAGGUCCAAAGAUGACAGUGACAAAGAAAAUGUCCUUCUCUUUCCUGUGGAAAGCCAGCAGCGAGGUGGAUUUACUGGGGAUGGUCCAUCCAAUAUUGGGGAACCUCUGCCCAAGGAGCCCUUAACUCCUUGUGAGCACCCUCUGGCUGAAAGAACCCAGUUCCCAGUGCGUCCAUCAGACGACAUCAGGACCUCUGCCAGUGAUUUAGUUCAAGAAAAUUCUUCACAGAAUUCUUGUGAAAUACCUGAGCUUCCUCUUGGUGCUGAAUGCAUUUUGGAUACUCCGCAGACCGACCCUUCUCCUUUGCCGUCACCUACAGAGCCGUUCCAAGAAGAGAAAACCCAAAUAGAAAGUGAAAUGGAUCCUUCGGAUAUUUCAAAUUCAAUGGCAGAAGUUCUUGCUAAAAAGGAGGAAUUAGCAGAUCGUCUGGAAAAAGCUAAUGAAGAGGCCAUUGCUAGCGCAAUUGCAGAGGAGGAGCAGCUAACCCGAGAAAUCGAGGCUGAAGAAAACAAUGACAUUAACCUGGAAGCGGACAAUGACAGUGAUUUUUCUGCUAGUGUAAGCAGUGGAAGUAUAUCUUUCUGUGGCAUGUCUAUGGACUGGAAUGAUGUCCUUGCUGAUUAUGAAGCUCGAGAGUCAUGGCGUCAAAAUACAUCUUGGGGUGAUAUAGUCGAGGAGGAACCUGCCCGACCUCCAGGACAUGGGAUUCACAUGCAUGAAAAGCUUUCCUCACCCUCUCGCAAAAGGACAAUUGCAGAAUCCAAGAAGAAACAUGAAGAAAAGCAAAUGAAGGCCCAGCAGCUAAGGGAAAAACUGCGGGAAGAGAAAACAUUGAAGCUUCAGAAACUGUUAGAACGGGAAAAAGAUGUCCGAAAGUGGAAGGAGGAGUUACUGGAUCAGCGAAGGAGAAUGAUGGAGGAAAAAUUACUUCAUGCUGAAUUUAAGCGGGAAGUGCAGUUACAAGCCAUCGUGAAAAAGGCACAAGAGGAAGAAGCCAAGGUAAAUGAAAUUGCAUUUAUAAAUACUUUGGAAGCCCAGAAUAAACGUCAUGAUGUGCUUUCUAAGCUCAAAGAAUACGAACAGCGGCUGAAUGAAUUACAAGAAGAACGUCAGCGAAGACAAGAGGAAAAGCAAGCCCGAGAUGAAGCAGUGCAGGAACGCAAACGAGCUCUGGAAGCUGAACGUCAGGCUCGCGUGGAAGAGCUGCUGAUGAAGAGGAGAGAGCAGGAGGCGCGCAUCGAGCAGCAGAGGCAAGAGAAAGAGAAAGCUCGGGAGGACGCAGCCCGGGAACGAGCCAGAGAUCGAGAAGAGAGACUAGCUGCCCUCACUGCAGCUCAACAGGAAGCUAUGGAAGAGUUACAGAAAAAGAUUCAACUCAAGCAUGACGAGAGCAUCCGAAGGCACAUGGAACAGAUUGAACAAAGGAAGGAAAAGGCCGCCGAGUUGAGCAGUGGGAGACACGCGAACACUGAUUAUGCCCCCAAACUCACACCGUACGAGCGGAAGAAGCAGUGCUCGCUCUGCGCAAUCCUGAUUUCUUCAGAGGUUCAUCUUUUUAGUCACAUCAAAGGGAAAAAACACCAACAAGCUGUUAGAGAAAAUAGCAGCAUCCAAGGAAGAGAACUCUCAGAUGAAGAAGUGGAGCAUCUGUCACUUAAGAAGUACAUUGUUGACAUUGUGGUUGAAAGCUCAACACCCACAGAGCCUGUAAAAGAUGUAGAUGAACGGCAAAAAAACAAGAAGAAAGCCAAAAAGCUGAAAGCCCGGAUGAACUCCAGGGCAAAGGAGUAUGAGAGCUUAAUGGAAGCAAAAAACGCUGGCUCUGACUCACCUUAUAAAGCAAAGCUACAGCGACUGGCAAAAGAUAUUAUAAAGCAACUUCACAUACAGGACAGUGGGUCAUGGGCAGUUAAUAAGGUUUCUGCUUUGGAUCGAACUCUAGGUGAAAUCUCUCGGAUUUUGGAAAAAGAGAAUGUCGCAGAUCAGAUUGCAUUUCAAGUUGCUGGAGGACUGACAGCCCUUGAACAUAUCCUUCAGGUAGUAAACUCCACCACCAGUGUGAACGCGGUUUCAAGAAUUCCUCCCAAGUCUCUCAGCAAUGCCAUCAAUGUGUACAAUCUCACCUGCAGCAACUGCUCAGAAAACUGUGCUUAUGUUCUGUUCAGCAACAAGAUCACCUUCUUAAUGGACCUUCUGAUACACCAGCUGACGGUUUAUGUUCCAGAUGAAAAUAAUGCUAUUUUGGGAAGAAAUGCAAAUAAACAAGUAUUUGAAGGUUUGACAACUGGACUUCUCAGAAUUAGUGCUGUGGUUUUUGGCUGCUUGAUCUCCAGUAUGCCAGAUGGAAACAGCCGCCUCACUGCCCCCAAAGUAUCAUCAGCACAGGAAAUGAAGAACAAGCCCUCGCCCGCUGAUGCUUUUAAUAGCCGCGUUCAGGAUCUCAUCAGCUAUGUGGUCAACAUCGGCCUGAUCGACAAACUCUGCGGCUGCUUCCUCUCCGUGCAAGGGCCCGUCGACGAGAACCCCAAAGUGGCCUCGUUCCUGCAGAACGCCACGGCGGUCCUACACGGGAUGUGCAAGCUCUGCUUCGCUGUCAACAACAAGUCGUGGGACAUAUUUGAUAAAAUACGUCAGGACCCCACAGGAUUAGCAGCAGCUCUUCAAGCCACAGAUCUAGUUGGAGUCUUACACAUGCUCUACUGUAUUCUCUUCCAUGGCACCAUCUCAGACCCCACUACCGCCAGCCCCAAAGACAGCUACGCCCAGAGCACUCUCCAAGUUGCCCUUCAGAGUUUACGUUUCUUCAACAGCUUUGCAGUCCUUGAUCUGCCAGCUUUUCAGAUGAAUGAUGUGUCUCAUCACCAUGUGUGUGAUUACUGGGAGAAGCGGGGAGCUGCCCCACACACCAGAUUGCAUCAGGUCACAGAUUUUGCUGGAAAGUCCAUUGUAGGUGCAGAAGGGCUGUCCCUGGCAUUCCGGCACAUUCUCAGCUCCCUGCUGUGGCACUGCGCCCACCACUCCUGCGAAGUCCUGCUCCACGAAGUCAUCAUCUGUGUGGGCUACUUUACCGUAAACCAUCCAGACAACCAGGUCAUCGUGCAGUCCGGCCGCCACCCCACGGUGCUGCAGAAGCUUUGCCAGUUGCCUUUCCAGUAUUUUAGUGAUCCUCGACUCAUCAAAGUGCUCUUUCCGUCACUAAUCGCCGCUUGUUACAAUAACCCUCAGAACAAGAUCAUUCUGGAGCAGGAGAUGAGUUGUGUCUUGCUUGCUACGUUCAUUCAGGAUUUUGAACCAAUUCCAGGUCAGACCGAAGACUUGUAUCCUCAAACAAGGGAAAAAUUUUUCACUUCCCAAGAUUACCUUGAGUUAUGUAACAGAUUUCCAGAGCAAGCCUGGGAAGAAGCCCGACAGUUUUUCUUGAAAAAAGAGAAAAAAUAAGUUUGUUUUGGUUGGUUUUGAUUUGAAUCCAUUCUGAUACAUUCAUUGUUAAAAACAAACAUUCUGUUCACACACACACACACACACACACACAAAAAAAAAAUUUUGAUACUCAAUACCUGCACUGUAGAUAUGACAUAUACUUUGCACUAUUUAUAAUUAUUGUAGAUACUUUCAUGUUCUGGUUUCUAAUUUUGCAAGUUGAGUUUGUUUCAUUUAUGUAUAACAUGGUAGGGCUUGGGAGCCCUGUGGUGGUAAACUUCUUGCAUUAUAAUAUUGGUGAAAUUAGGCUUAAAAAUGAGAUCCGUUCUGUUCUAUAUAUCUUGUAAUAAAAUAACUUAUUCCGUUUUGCAUUGUUGACUUUGUAUUUCAGCAUCAGCGUUUCUGAAUAAACGGUGGUCUCACUUCU